UGGACAAUCGACAUCGGCGAAAGAUCUCGAGUUACCGUGAACAAAUCACGCGCAAUUGGAGUUGCACCAAGUGUCGAGGUUAUCGUGCCAGAGAGAUGAAUCGGUGUUACCUGCAACUUUUCCUCCUGUCCGUUUUCAUCGUUGCCGCCUGGUGUCUGAACGUGAACGACGAUGAAUCGGCGAAGAAAUCGGCUGAAGGGAGUAACGUCUGGCCAGCGUUGAUGGACGAUGUUAAGGAAGAAAGCACAGGAAACUUCACGUACCGCCUUAUGAAAAAAAGCAAGUACUGCAUAUUGGCGAAUAUGGAUAUCGACAUAUCGAUACCAGUUAAGGGUGAAAACAACACGGUGUUGAAGGUUCCAAAAAAUGCUACCGUAGACGGUACUUGUUCGUCUGUGAUAUCUGAGUUGAAAUUGAGUUGGAAGGGGGCAGCCGAUAGGAACAACAUGAUUAAAUUCACGUUCAUCAACGAUCACACCGAUUUCUCCAUUUUCUCCGUCGCCUUCGACGUUGUACUGGACAAAGGUGCAGGUAACUCCAGCUUGAAGGAAGCAUCGAUCGAUGCUCUCCGUUUGUUCGUUACACCCGUGAAGAACGGACUUCACAAAUGCAACGAGGGGAGAACUAUAAAGACUAAUACAGCGAAUGUAACUUUCGCAAACGUUUCCUUAAUCGCGUUCAAUACCGAAGACGAUAUAUCCAAACGAGAAGCAAAGCAGUGCGACAGCAAGGCAGAGGACGGGGCUAAAACUUUUCACUACGUGUCAAAGACGAAUGGUAUUUGUACAAUGGCGAAUAUGUCUAUUACUUUCGAUAUACCGUACAAAACGAAAGAUUCCAAGGAUGCACAUGGGAAAAUAACUGUUCCGAGUAAAGUGGACGUCAGCGGAAACUGCGAUUCGGUAUUGUCGCAGAUGAAGUUAGCUUGGACAGAAUCGUCGAGCAAACCGUUAGCCGAGAACGAGAAAGAAAAUUAUGUUUCUUUUGUUUUUGCCAAGAACAAAGUGAAUAGUUUCAUGUCCACCAUGGUGGCCAGUAUUUACAUGGACGAGAAGAACUUCCCGAAUGCUACAGAUGUAGGUAAGCGAGUGACGGUGAAUACGUUGCUGGACCAUCAACUGUUCCUCGCAUCCGCGGAAAACGGAUUUUACAGUUGCGAGAAAGCUGCCGAGCUGACGAUCGACGGCGUCAAGAUUUCCAUAAGCGACGUCCUCUUGAUCGCGUUCGACGCGGAAAAGGAGCUCGCGUCGAAAAGAGUGACGGAUUGUCGAUACCUUUUCCCCGAAGACAGCUUCAACUACAAGCUGUACGACAAGGAAACGGGGGUUUUCUGUACCUUGGCGAAAAUGAGGAUUACAAUGGCUGUACCGUACGAAACAGCAAACUCGAAGGGAAGUAAACUGCUAACAGUUCCGUCUGAUGCGACCGUGAGUGGCGUUUGCCACAGCAAAUGGCCCAUUCUGUAUCUAGACUGGGCCGCAUCCUCGAAAGCGACAUCGAACAGUAAGAUUACAUUGCACAUAGCUCAAAAUGCGACGGAUUUCUUCGUCUACGGAGUAGAAGCCACCGUUAUUUUGGACGAAGAGAAUUUCCCGGGUGCUGUCGGUGUAAACAAAACCGUAACAGGCGGCAUGAGUUCAGCUAUAUUUUCCGCGGACAAGUCCGCCGGACUGUACCGAUGUGAAGGGAAAAUUCACGAGUUAAAGCUUGAUACGAUGGAUAUGAACCUAACCGAUGUUCUAUUCGUGGCGUUCAACAAAGAUCUAGAUAUGAACGCGAAGAAAGUGCAUGACUGUGCCGCGCAGGACACGACGACACAACCGCCGACCGAAUCGACGACCCAAUCGACCACCCAAUUGACGACACAACCGCCCGGCGGUGUAACCAUUCCAACGCCAGAUCCUUCGGUGAAGGAAUACAAUUACGUCGUGACGGAUCCAAAUUCUCACAUACCUUGCGUUUUGGCGAACAUGACGAUUCAACUGUCGAUAACGUACAAGAAGAGCGAUUCCAAAGAGGCGGAGAAAACCAUUACUGUACCGAACACAGCUAAAACGAACGGCACAUGCGAGGACACGACUGCGAAGAUGAUUUUACACUGGACACCGGAGAACGGAAACGAGGAGAACAACGUGACGUUCACCUUCAAAGAGGACAAAUCCAAGUCCUAUCUUCAGUCGAUGGACGUGGACAUCUUGUUGGACGAGAAAACGUUCCCCAAUGCGACAGAGAAAAGACGCAGAGCUACCACGAAGGAGAUCUCUGUGUUCGCCGCGACUUCGAACAACAUCUACAAAUGCGCGGCUGACACCGUACUGAGCGCGGGGGAAGUCGGUAUACAUAUCAAAAACGUCUCUUUGAUACCUUUCAACACGAAGAAGAACGUCACGUCGAAGACAGAGGAAUACUGCGAUACCGCGACGACGGAGUCAGAUGUAGGGGCAAUUGUAGGUGGUAUAAUCGGCGGUGCCAUUCUUCUGGGUAUAAUCGUGUAUGUAAUUAUGUACUGGAGAAGGAGGCAUUACAUCAGUUAGUAAACUUGCGCGAUUACUAGUGAAUUUUGCGUGUUACACGAAUAAACGAAUCCUAACUUUCUUAAAAGUUGCACGACGAUCCUUUGAACGAACCUCUUACGAAAAUCAAAUUUUUAAGUGUACACGGGUGUACGGAGGGUUUUGUUAACGAAAGAAAUAGCGAGAUCAUGGUAGAGGGAUGGAAAAAUAUUAAAGAGGUCG